UCUCUCUCCCCUCUCGCUCCGGCGGUGCAUACCGACUGCGGAGUCGUAGCGCGGCGUCUCGUCUCUUCCAGGUGCAAAGCAUCCUUCCCUUCUUCUCUCAAUCAAGCUCAACGCUACGACGCUUGAAACCGCGGAGGGCGGUCCUCGUUGCCCGCUCUCGCCGCUCUGGGCGGAUUCAUUUACUAAAUCACAGUGCAACACGGUUUAUGAAGUCUGUGUCCAGUUUAACUGCCGCGACAACCCCUUCGAUUCAGCCUGCUCCAAUGUCUUAAGCGAAAUGCGUAGCUGCUUUUCAGAGCUCAAACAGCAGCUGCACCAUAGACUACAGAAGUUCAAAUCAAGAGUUAAAUUUGUUCGCCAUGCCAUUGCAGGGUCUGCGCUUUGUCUCAUCGGCACUGUAGUUGCUGCUGUUGCGUCUGCCAUUGGUGUCACGGCCCAUGCACUCAUUGCAUUUGUUAGUACUCCAUGCUUGAUGGUGUAUCUUCCACGUGACAAAUUCUCAAAGAAAGAGCUUGCCAAUGCCGCUCAACUUGAUGCUGCUGCCAGGGGUUGUGUUCUCAGCCAUGACUUGGACACUAUUGAUCGCCUUGUCAAUCGUUUGCAUUCUGCUGUGGAGCAUGACAGACAAUCGAUCCGGAUUGGAUUGGGGAGAGGCAAGGAUAAAAAUGUCAUACUAGGGGUGGUGAAAGAUCUCCGCAAGGACCAUGCUAAGUUCCUUGAUGGACUAAAGGAACUUGAGGAUUACAUAUGCCUAUUAUUCAAAAUGGUCAACCGGGCGAGAAAACUUCUCCUUGAAGAGAUUACCUCCCAUAGUUCUAUUGUUUCCUGACCAUUUACUUACAUGAUAUGAGAAAGUACUAAUUGGAUUGUACAUUCGUACUCAUUUAAGUGGGCAAGGUCCCUGCCUCCUAACAGCUGAUGGUUGUGAACAAUACAAAAGUAAUAGCGGGAUGUCACAGUAUUGUUUAUGUAUUUGCGCCUCUAUAUGUGCCAAAUUUUUAUUACUUGGUGACUGGAGGCGUUUCUUAGUCGUUGCUGGAAGGAUGGACACUCAGCUUUAUCUUGAGAUGUAUAUAGUGCUAAUAAUUUAGAUGUUGAUUAUAGCUUUGCAGGACUGCUAUUGGCCAUUCUUGUUUAUUAGAAUCAUCUCUUUAGUAGCAUCUUAUCCUUUUUUUAAAUCAUUUUAGUAGCAAUGCAUUAGAAUCUUAU